AUGGUCACGGGCCUUCUCUGGUCGGACCCGACAAACGACGUGCCCCUGUACAAGCGCAACCCACGCGGCUGCGGCUUUCUGUUCGGUCCCACCGCGUCGUCUAACUUCUGUGCAGCGAACAAGGUGGACUUCAUCUGCCGUGCGCAUCAGGUGGCGAUGAAUGGUUACUUCUGGACGCACAACGACCGCGUGGUGACGGUCUUCUCGGCGCCGAACUACUGCGGUGUGAACGGCAAUAAGGGUGCGGUGCUGGUCGUAAACGGUCACAACCGGCGGCCGAUCUUGAAGCAGUAUGAGAGCAUUGAGGCGGAGGAGGAGGCGCCCGGGCCUCGACCUGUGUUCCCCUACUCGUCCAUGUUCUCGUGA